ACUUGGAAUACACACACAGCGGACUUAAUACACGGUAGUGUGUAUAUAUAUCCAGCCUUUAGCGAGCGAGGGAGUGAUCGACACGCAAUACCUAAACAACAAUAACUCUACUUUCGAUUUGACAUUUGAAGACGAAUAUGGCAGGCUCACGUAAAUCUCCAGCUAUUGGAAUUGACCUCGGCACCACAUAUUCCUGUGUCGGAGUAUUCCAACAUGGGAAGGUGGAGAUUAUUGCCAACGACCAGGGAAACAGGACCACGCCUAGUUACGUGGCCUUUACGGACACGGAGAGACUGAUCGGAGACGCUGCCAAGGGCCAAGUAGCAAUGAACCCACAGAACACUAUCUUUGAUGCAAAACGUCUAAUUGGUCGGAAAUACGAUGACCAUAAUGUCCAGUCGGACAUGAAACACUGGCCAUUUACGGUGGUCAGUAGCUCCGGUAAACCAAAGAUUCAGGUGAACAGCAAAUGCGACACCAAGCAGUUUACACCAGAGGAAAUCAGCUCCAUGGUGCUUACUAAAAUGAAGGAGACGGCUGAAGCUUUCCUUGGUGAAAAGGUCAAGGAUGCCGUGAUCACUGUACCAGCCUACUUCAAUGACUCCCAGAGACAGGCGACAAAGGACGCUGGGAUCAUCGCCGGACUGAACGUCCUGCGAAUUGUCAAUGAACCAACGGCUGCUGCGCUGGCCUAUGGACUAGACAAGAACCUCAAAGACGAGAAAAAUGUCCUCAUCUUUGAUUUGGGAGGAGGAACAUUUGAUGUGUCCAUUUUGACGAUCGACGAAGGAUCGAUAUUCGAGGUUAAAGCUACUGCUGGUGACACACAUUUAGGUGGAGAAGAUUUCGACAACAGAGUUGUGAACCAUUUCGUACAGGAGUUUAAACGGAAAUAUGGAAAAGACUUGAGUAAGAACAGCAGGGCUUUACGAAGGCUUCGCACCGCAUGUGAACGUGCCAAACGAACCCUUUCGAGCAGCAGCGAAGCAAGUAUAGAAAUCGACUCUCUGUUUGAGGGAAUCGAUUUCUACAGUAAACUCACCAGAGCUAGAUUUGAGGACUUAUGUUCUGAUCUUUUCCGUGCUACUCUAGAGCCUGUGGAAAAGGCACUUCGUGAUGCUAAGAUGGACAAAUCGAAAAUCCACGAGAUUGUCUUAGUUGGCGGAUCUACACGUAUACCAAAGAUCCAAAAGAUGCUCGAAGAUUUCAUGAACGGAAAACAGCUCAACAAAUCCAUCAAUCCUGACGAAGCUGUAGCGUAUGGUGCUGCAGUUCAAGCUGCCGUUCUUACCGGCGACAGCAGUGACGUCAUCAAGGACGUCCUUCUGGUGGACGUGGCUCCACUGUCCCUCGGAAUAGAAACAGCUGGAGGUGUGAUGACCAAACUGAUCGAAAGGAACACUAGAAUUCCCACGAAAACAUCUCAAACGUUUACUACGUAUUCUGAUAACCAGCCCGGUGUCAGUAUCCAGGUGUUCGAGGGAGAACGAGUCAUGACAAAGGACAAUAAUCAACUGGGAAGGUUUGAACUAAACGGCAUCCCACCUGCACCCAGAGGUGUUCCACAGAUCGAGGUCCAAUUCGACAUCGAUGCUAAUGGAAUCCUCAAUGUGUCGGCUGAGGAUAAAAGUACUGGGAAAUCCAAUAAAAUCACCAUCACAAACGACAGGGGACGUUUGAGUAAAGAAGACAUUGAGAAAAUGGUAGCCGACGCAGAAAAAUACAAAGACGAGGACGAGAAACAGAGGAAAAGAGUUUCUGCCAGAAAUCAGCUGGAGAACUACAUUUUCAGUGUCAAACAGGCGAUGGAAAAUGUUGGUGACAAACUUUCAUCAGAGGAAAAAUCCACUGUGUGUCAGGGAUGUGAGGACAAUUUGAAGUGGUUGGACAGUAACACUAUGGCGGACGUGGAGGAAUACGAAUAUAAACUAAAGGAAUUUCAAAAACUGUGUUCACCUAUCAUGACGAAACUUCACGGGAGUUCACCACAGUCAAAUGGCGGGGCACCCAGUGGAGGUUGUGGUAGAGAAGCACAAGGAGGGUCAAGUACUGGCCCGACGGUAGAGGAAGUGUACUGAUCAUUUUGAGAUUGGUGUUGUUUUUCCGAAUUGACAACUGCAUUAUUAAUUUGCAAUUUAUUUGUAGAGAUAAACAAUAUAGUAUAAAAUAGUAUACAUUGAUGAUGAAAUCCGUGAGUAAUUCACAUUUAAUACGGGUGUUUACUUUUACUGUUUACAUUUACUGACAUGACACUCAUUUCCAACACCAUGUUCUGUCUUGGAAUAGAUUCUUUAAGUGCAUUGUAUAAUCUAGGACUUGAGGUGUGUCAAGUGUCCGUGUUAUGGUCGGGCCGUAUAAUUGCAAUUAUCCGAACAAUUAUUAAACGUGUUCAUGUUUUUUUGGGCAUUGUUAAAUGUAUUAUGAAUUUGUAUGGUAUUUUUUAUACUUUCUUUAUAAAUAAAUAUGAGAAAUUA